UAUCGUCGUUAUCUGUAUUCAUUUUCUGUUGUUCCGAGAAGUGGGCAACGUUUGUUAACCUUUAGCAGUAAAGCUAACAGUUUUUUGUCAGUAUCGGGCUUGCUGCAUUGAAAUAUCAUAAAUUACAUAGUCGGACACUGGACGUCCCUCUGAGGUACACAACAUGUCUGUUGACUGGGUUGGAUAUGGCUACGCUGCCCUUAUUGCAUCAGGUGGAAUAAUGGGUUAUGUGAAGAAAGGCAGCGUGCCCUCCCUGGCUGCAGGUGCUCUAUUUGGAGGAGUAGCAGGGUUAGGUGCUUACCGGACUUCUCAGGACCCAAAGGACAUAUGGGUUUCUCUAGCUGCUUCUGGGACCCUGGCUGGUAUUAUGGGAAUGAGAUUUUUUAAAUCGAGGAAGUUGAUGCCAGCUGGCCUCAUGGCCGCAGCAAGUAUCCUAAUGGUGGGGAAGAUUGGUGUGGGCAUGCUACAGAGUCCCCAGGAAUCAUAAUGAAGAUAAAAAGACAUACUGUCCUCAAUGUAAAGUGUUAUGGACUUUCUUUUGUUACUAUAAAGUCAAAAUAAAUAUACUGAGCUUUCCAAUUUC